AUGACAGUAGCUAAUGUGACUCCAUCAUCUGCGAUAAUUUUUCCAGAGUCUACCCAACAGAUUGGACCCUCUCGUCGCUACACUCUUAAAGCCACCUGUCGCAGCCUUUCUGUAGGAUUGGCAUACACAGUUAAUCUUUUUGACUUAUCUAUGCUUCUACCUCAGACGACCGCUACUCCUGGAACUCCGUCAACCUCCGCCGCUGUAGCCCACGCAGCCGCCACAGUUGCCACUCCCAUCCUUCCUCUAGCUUCGCCAUCCUAUCCCUGGGCUCUUCCCUUUGUUGGCACAUUACCGGGGCUCAUUGAUAUUACUACGCCUGCGUCCACAUUUAGCACCACUUCUACUGUCUUUGCUACCACAAAUUGUUUUGGGGGGGCUAUUGGUGGCGGUUUGGGAGGCAUUCGAUCAGGAGAUUUGCCAUUACAGUCGCGACAAUCUUUCCAGUCUGCCUUUACGACGAGCAAUAGCUUCUCUCCAGGUCUCCAAACUCAAUUGUUAUCCCUCGUGCUCUCUGUGCGAGAAAAAAAACAGAAAAGUAUGUGUAUUUCAGCUACCCUUUUUUCAUAUAGUUUGUAUUAA